AUGGCCAACGUUUCUAAAGCUGCAAGCAAAUUUGGUGCUGGUGUGGGCUUGACUGGUGCUCCUGCAUUCAAGAGAGGCGAUAAUAUCGUUGAUUUGAUCAUUGCUGAUCACAAUGAAGCCAAGGAAUUAUACAAAAAGUACAAGGAGACUAAUGAUGUGGAUGAAAAGGUCAAGUUGAGAAACAGCUUGGUCAAGGCCUUGGUCCAGCACGACGAAUGCGAGCAAUUGCUCAUGUAUCCCUUGUUGAGAGAGAAGGUUGGUGGUGCCGUUGGUGAGGGUCAUUACUCUCGCAGUUUGUCUGAACAUCAAGAGUUGCGUGAAUUGAUGUAUCGCGUACGAUACGCAGAUAUCAAAUCCAAUCCUAAGCAAUUUGACUUUAAGCUGGACAAUGCCAUGCAUUCUGUGUUCCUCCAUGUUGAGCAAGAAGAAAAGGAGGUUUUGCCCUUGUUGACUCAACACUGCUCUGAAGAAGACCUGGAAAAGGUUGGUGCUUCCUUCAAGGCGCACAAGCCUGUUACUGUUACAAGACCUCACCCAAGUGCUCCAGCUCAAGGAUGGCCACUCGCUGUAACUUCUCUUAUAAUGAAGCCUUUGGAUAAAUUCAGAGACUAUUGGGAAGGUGUAGCUUAA